AGCAUGAAGCGUUUGAGAUGUGCCCUCUGGUCCUGCGCAGUGUCAGUAGCGCCGCGCUGACGGACUUGUUUUUCCGCGCGAGGAGUUUUACAGGAAUGGGAUCCGGCUUUCUGCACUUUUUCUGAGUAUUUAAAGAGAGGAAGAUGUCCUUCAGUUUCGGACAGGCCAGUGCUGGUUCUGGCUUUACUUUUGGAACCCCUAAAACUACCAGCUCAGCUCCGGCUGCUGCUACAGGUUUUGGACAGCUGACCAGCACCCCGGCCGCAGGGGGCUUUACGUUCGGAGCCCCGACUCAGCCUCAGGCCCAGCCCCAGACCCAGGCUUCCAUCGGGACGUCUCAGAUCGCAGGACUGCUCGCUCAGCCCGCGGCCAACAAUGGAGCUUCACAGGGGGGAUUUAGUUUCGGUGCUGCGACGCAGAACACCGCUCCUGCUCCUGGAGGAUUCUCCUUCGGUGCACCCACUGCGAAACUAGGCCUGGGCCUGCCUACUGCCUCUCAGCCUGCCAGUACUGGAGUGUCUCUGGGGGGUCUAGCAGCACCUUCCUCCACUGGAACAGGCUUUACACUGGGAGGUCUUGGUGCUCAGACUACAGCCGGAGCUCAGCCGUCUACAGGAGGCUUCAGCUUCGGGAUGACCAAAGUUCAGACCACUGCAGCCCCGGCAGUGCAGACCACUCCCGCCCUGUCGCUGGGUGUGCAGCCUACAGGUCUCACAAGUACUGCACCCGUCUCUACAGGCCCUACUCUCGGAGCUGGCUUUGGGAUCAAACCUGCAGCCACUCCAGCUCCCACCGCUACUGCAGCAGCUGGCUUGGCGGCUCCAGGAUCCUCACUGUUUGCUACUCCCAUACCCUCAGCAGCAGGCUCCAGCUUCACAUUGGGAGCCCCAGCAGCUUCGAUAGCCCCAGCAGCGACUUCUGCAGCCGCGGUUCUCCCGAGCCUGAUGCUAAAACCUUUAGGAACCGCCACCUCUAUUGCUGCAACAACAGCUGCCGCUACUUCAGCAGCUCUUACAGGAUUUUCAUUGGGUCUGAAGCCAGUUGUCUCUGCUGCACCAGCCAUUUCUACAGUCGCCUCCACAGCUGGCAUCACGGUCAGCGCUGCACCAGUGAUGUCUUAUGCCCAGCUGGAGGCUUUAAUCAAUAAGUGGAGUUCUGAGUUGGAGGAUCAGGAGAGGCACUUUCUUCAGCAGGCCACUCAGGUCAAUGCCUGGGAUCGGAUGCUGGUGGAAAAUGGAGAAAAGAUUACAGCUCUUCAUAAAGACAUGGAGAAAGUUAAACUGGACCAAAGAAGGUUGGAUCAGGAGUUGGACUUCAUCUUAUCCCAACAGAAAGAGCUGGAGGAUCUUCUCGCUCCACUGGAGGAAUCUGUGAAGGAGCAAAGUGGAACCAUCUAUAUGCAAAAUGCAGACGAGGAGCGAGAGAGAACGUACAAGUUGGCAGAGAAUGUUGAUGCUCAGCUGAAGAGAAUGUCCCAAGACCUAAAAGAAAUAAUUGAACAUCUUAAUACAUCCAAUGGGCCAGCAGACACAAGUGACCCGCUCCAGCAGAUUUGCAAAAUCCUCAACGCACACAUGGACUCCCUCCAGUGGGUCGAACAGAACUCUGUUCUGCUGCAGAGGCGCGUGGAAGAAGUGUCGAAGCUGUGUGAGAGCCGGAGCAAAGAGCAGGAGAAGAGCUUUCGUCUGAACUUCCAGUGAACCAGCAGAGAAGAAGCCCUCGUUUAGUGUAAAUGAAUGUCUGUGUUUUGCUAAGUGUGUUGCAAUAAAGAGGUUAACUUUUUCACA